GUGACACCACAGCACUGAUUUUCUUUCUAUUUGAUUUUAUGAAAGGAUAUUGAUUCUGUCUGGCUUGGGAAAAACAAAACAAAACGAAAACAAUAACAAAACAGAUGUGAUUUACUUGGAUUACAACACUGUCCUUCACAAGGUUUAACAAACACACAAAUACAAUAUGGUUGUGGGCAAAAAAGAGACAGAAGAAUGUAUUCUACCAUCAGUGUGUGAAGAUGAAAGUGAAAAAGAAGAGGAUUUGGGAGGAAUCCCAAGCAGGCCUAUCAGCAGACCAAGAAGUCUAUACAGCAGAGGGAGUGUGAAUGGCAAAAGAGUGCCAGUGGGUGAGAGAUCACCCAGCCAGCAUCAAACCAGAGUGGGGCUUCAGAAUGACGAUUAUACAAAUGAGGAGAAAGAGGAGGUAGGGGAAUGUAGAACUAGCCGCCCGGCUGACAAACCACGGAAGGAGGCAAAGUGUGUCAUCAGUGCUGAAGACUAUGACAUAGACCUGGAAUUCGACUGCAUUCACAGAGAGGGGUGCCUUGGAUAUUCUACUAAACUAAAGAACAAAAGGUAUUCUGAUUGUGUUCUAGAUGAAAGACCACUAUACGACCCUACAGGCCAGACUCACUACAGAGAGGCAUGUAAGAUGCUGAAAGUUAUUCCGGUGUCCCACUUCCUUCGAAAUAUAAACCAAAGUGAGCUCAACAUGAUGCAUUGUGGGUUGGGUCCACAGGGCACCAAAGCUCUGGCGGUCGCCUUGGUAACCAACACCUCCAUCUUGAAGCUGAAUUUGCGAGAUAAUUGGAUGGAAGGAAUGGGCGGGGCUGCUAUUGCUGACAUGCUCAAAGAGAAUUGCUACAUCACAGAAAUUGAUCUGUCAGAAAACCGGAUGGGUGAGGAUGGAUCCAGGGCAUUGGCCGGCAUGCUGCUGGAAAACACUGUCCUGCUUUCUUUCAACCUCUCAGGAAACCAUCUGGAUGAUCGGGCGGCCAGACACCUGGCUCCAGCUCUGACCAGCAACCAGAAGCUUCAGCACCUCAACUUGAGCCACAACAGAUUCGGAGAUACGGCAGGAGAAAUCCUGGGUGCUGCUAUUGCCGAGAACACAGCAUUGAAGUCACUCAAUCUGGCUUGGAAUUGUAUUCGAGGAAAAGGAGCCAUUGCAUUUGGGAAAGGCCUGGGGGGAAACAUCUUCCUGCGGACCCUGGAUUUGUCGUACAAUGGCCUGGGCAAAGAGGGAGCCAUUGCUUUAGAGGAAGCACUCAAACAAAACAACACACUUGAGGAUCUGAAUAUUAGCAAUAAUCGCAUACCUCUUGAAGGUGCCAUACAUUUUGCGCUGGGCCUCAAAGAGAACACAACUCUACGAAUUCUUAAAAUGUCUCGGAAUCCGAUGCAGUCAGCAGGGUGCUUCGCCAUUCUAAAAUCAGUACAAGUAAACCCAGAAUCUGCGAUAGAGUUCUUGGACUUCUCUGACAUUUACGUGGACCAAGAGUUUGAAGACUUGUUUAACACCAUGAAAGACCCACUCCCAAACCUUCAAGUGAAACAUGGUGGAAAAAUAAAGACUGCACCAAAAAAGAACUGAACUUUCAGUUCAAUUUUCUGAUGUUCAGAAACAUCUGGACAAUCUACUUGUAAUCAUGUGGUCAGUUAAAGGAUUAGUUCACCCCCCCAACAAAUUAAAUUCUGACAUUGUUUACAUACCCUCAAACCCCUAUGACUUUCUUUCUCAAGUGGAACACAAGAAGAGAAAUUUUGAAUAAUGCUGAUUCUGCUUUUUCCCUUACAAUGAAAGUGAAUGGUGACUGGGACUGUCAGUCCCAGACUUUCUCCCUAACAUUUCCUUUUGUGUUCCACAGAGUCAUACAGGUUUUGAGUGACAUGAGGGUAAGUCAAUAUAAUGUAAGAAGUUUUAUUUUUGAGUGAACUAUGCCUUUAACUGAAUUGCAAGUAUAUUUUUAAACUUGUCAAAAACCAAUAAUCUAAAAACAGACUUAUCCCAGAAUCUUUCACAUGGUUCACUGUAACAUGGUAUUUACUUCAGUGGUUCAGUAAAAUUAGAACUGAUGACAGCUUUAGUAACCUUAUGUAAAGUACAAUCUGCACUUAUUAUUAUUCACUACAUGAUUUUCAUGAAAGGUUGAUGGCUGAAAAUUAAAAACAAAACAAAAGUUGA